CCCAUUUCCUUUAGCCGUUUCUUGAGGACCUGAAUCUGACAGAAUGAGUGGAUUAUAGAUUGGCUUAUUUUACUAAUUACCUAACCUUUUCAAUUAGCUGAGUCUUCUUUGUUAACCAGUUAAUCCCAUUUCAAAGGAAAAUAUGACGGCUAAUUCGACAACCGCGUUAAACUAUCUAAUUUUUUCUCAAAAUGGAGUCGGGGAUGGACAAACACACUACGACCAGGGGCUCGUUGUGCCUGAAGUCGCAAUGGGAGCCACUGUAGAUUCUCUUCAUUCGCCUAAGGAUCCCUACAAGCAACGCCCGACGAAUCUCGCAGUGACCGCAUCGAAUGGAUAUGUUGCAAAAAGCCUCCAGGAGAGCAGCGACGAAGGCUCUCUGCCAUGCACUCCAGCGCAGCAAGACAGUGAAACCGUCGCGUCUGCUGUACGUGCGAGCAACCAAGUGCUGGAUAACGACACAAUGGAGCUUAUUGGCAGUUUUCUAAGAAAUUUUACAGGACUUUCAAAGUGUCGGUGGAGUCAAAAUAAAGCUCUAUCUACGAUGAAAAGGGUGGUGGAGGACGUUUUGUCGAAGCACAGAUAUGCAUACAAUGGUAUGCUCAACAGGCUUGCUCUGGAUAACCAGCCGGACAAUAUGGGGUUUGUUACGGAAGUAGCACAGAAUCUCUUUUCAGACGGGACCACCAACUGGGGUCGGAUCGUCAGCCUGGUGGCGUUCGGGGCUGCAGUGUGUCAGCACCUGAAGGAAAGGGGCAGAGAGCAUUGCGUGGAGCUGGUGAUCCAGGAAAUAUCCACGUAUCUCCUGGAAAACCAGCGGGACUGGCUAGCAAAAAACAACUCAUGGGAGGGCUUUGUGGAGUUCUUUAGAGUAUCAGAUCCUGAGUCUACAGUGAGGAACACGCUGAUGGCGUUUGUUGGGGUCGCUGGUAUUGGGGCAACAUUAGCCUUUCUCAUCAGGUGAAUUUGUUGGACUUUGAGACCUUUAUGAACUCUCCUGUCUCCAGUUUCUGUUUUGGACUCUGAAAUGGAAGUUUAACUUUGAAUAUCAUGUUUUUUUUUUUUUUUGUUUGUUUUUUGUCUUUUGUAAAAAAACAUUUUUGAAACUUAUUUAUGUAUGAAUAAAUUUAUUUUUCUAAUGACAUUAUAUUGUAUGUAAAAUUAAUGAUUAUGCUAUUAUUUAGCACAUUUUUAAUUUAAAUCUUUUUUGGGGGAUGGGGGUGGGGCAAUCUGUUUACAACUAAAAUUAUUUGUGAUUUUAUCAAACAUUUUUAAUGAAACCACAGGCCAAACCAAUAGAAACUAGCCAUUUAUCCAUAGCAUUUUGCAGGAAUGACACCCAUUCCUUGAAAACUUUUGAGCAUUUGGACUUUUGUCUGGAUAGUUCACAAACGUUCGGGGUAGAGGGAUUGAUUUGCACAUAGUAUGUCGUUGUUCAAAUUACUGUGUCCAAGAGACACCAAUUGCUACAUUCAGAUUUAAGCUAAAAGCAUAUGUACAGAAUAAUAAAACAAAUUAAACUAACUGUUUGAACUUUU